AUGUCAGAACCAUACGAACAACCCCCAGCUGUUGAGGAAGAACAACCAGCGCCUCAAUACCAGGAAGACGAAUAUGCAGGUGGCGCAGGAGUGGCGCGUGGCCAGGACGGCGAAUUGUCGACCACGAGACUUUUCGUGAGACCUUUUCCUUUCGACGUGCAAGACUCUGAGUUGAACGAGAUUUUUGCGCCUUUUGGACCUAUGAAAGAGGUCAAAAUCUUGAACGGUUUUGCUUUCGUCGAGUUUGAAGAAGCCGAUUCUGCUGCCAGAGCCAUCGAAGAAGUGAACGGUAAGACUUUCGCCGACCAGCCUUUGGAAGUCGUCUAUUCCAAGAUCCAGCCUCUCAGAUACAGAAUGAUCUUGAGGAAUUUGCCCGAAGGUGUCGCUUGGCAAGAAUUGAAGGAUUUGGCCAGAGAAAACAAUUUGGACACCACAUUUUCCAGUGUCAACACCAGAGAGUUUGAUGGAACCGGAGCUCUCGAGUUCCCUACUGAGGAAGUGCUUGAAGACGCACUACAAAAGCUAAACAACAUCGACUUCAGAGGCGCCGUGAUCACCGCUGAAAGAGACGACAACCCCCCACCAAUCAGAAGAUUCAGAUCGGGCCCAAGAGGCGGCUUCGGUGGUAGAGGUGGUUUCGGAGGUAGAGGUGGCUUUGGUGGUAGAGGCGGUAGAGGUGGCUUCGGAGGCAGAGGCGGCUUCGGUGGCAGAGGCGGUUUCGGUGGUAGAGGCGGCUUCGGAGGCAGAGGUGGCUCCAGAGGCGGCUUCGGUGGUGGCAGAGGCGGUUUCGGCGAAUCCAGAGGCGGUUUCAGAGGAGGUAGAGGCGGUUACGGCGGUGGUCGCGGUGGUUACGGUGGUCGUGGCGGUGAUGGCUACGGUUCUUCUAGAGGCUCCUACGGUUCAUCUAGAGACGAGUAUAGAGGUAGAGACGCUGGCGGUGACUCUUACAGCUCUACCCGUGAAAGAUCUCCCCCUAGACAAUGA